AUGAACCUCCUCACCAGAAACAGACCCACGGCGAGACCAUGGCCCACCAGAAAACAACCCUCAUACAGGUCCCCACUCAUUUACCUCACUCUCCUCUUUUCCCUUCUCUUCUUCUUCUCCUACAUCUUCUCUCUCACUCCCAACUCUCUCCUCUCUAACAAGACCUCAAUUUCCGAUUCCCCAAAAUGCCCCUCCCUUGGAGGAGAAAAGUUCCUCUGGUACGCUCCCCACAGUGGCUUCAGCAACCAGCUUUCCGAGUUCAAGAACGCCGUUUUGAUGGCCGCCAUUUUGAACCGGACCUUGGUUGCCCCUCCGGUUCUCGAUCAUCAUGCUGUUGCUCUCGGUAGUUGCCCCAAGUUUCGGGUUUUGAGUGCCAAUGAGAUCCGAAUUUCGGUCUGGGAUCAUAUCGUUGAGCUCAUUCGGAGUGGGAGGUAUGUUUCCAUGGCCGACAUUGUUGAUAUAUCAUCAUUAGUUUCUUCUUCUUUAGUUCGAGUCAUAGAUUUCAGGGUUUUUAUAUCCUUAUGGUGCAAUGUGAACGUAGAUUUUGCUUGCUACAAUGAGUUGGAUAAGCAUGCCUCUUUGCUUGAAAGACUUAAGCAAUGUGGAUCUCUACUAUCUGGGCUCAAUGGUGAUGUAAAGUGUUUAUAUGCUGUUAAUGAAGACUGCAGAACUACUGUUUGGACAUACCAAAGUGGUAAUGAGGAUGGGGCAUUGGAUUCUUUCCAACCUGAUGAACAACUCAAGAAGAAAAAGAAAAUUUCAUAUGUUAGGAAACGCCGAGAUGUAUAUAAUACUCUUGGACCUGGUUCUGAAGCUGAAUCAGCUACUGUACUGGCAUUUGGGAGCCUUUUCACUCUUCCUUACAAAGGUUCGGAGCUAUACAUUGAUAUUCAUGAUGCUCCAAGAGAUCAAGGGAUAAAAACUCUGAUUGAGAAGAUUGAGUUUCUUCCAUUUGCCCCUGAAAUUCUGAGCGCAGGGAAGAAGUUUGCUUAUGGUACCAUAAAGGCUCCUUUUCUUUGUGCACAGCUCAGAUUGCUAGAUGGGCAGUUCAAGAACCAUUGGAAGGCUACUUUUCUGAAGUUCAAACAAACAGUGGAUGCUUUGAUGCAAGGCCCUCUUCCUAUUCAUAUUUUCGUGAUGACCGAUCUUCCUAAAAAUAAUUGGACAGGAAGUUACUUGGGGGAAUUGGUUAGAGAUUCACGUCAGUUUAAACUGUUUUUCCUGAAAGAAAGAGAUGAGUUGAUAAUACAAACUGCUAAAAGAAUCGUGGAUGCAGGUCAUGGCUUGAAGUUUGGGACUGUUCCAAAGAAACAUGAUAGCACUGGUCAGAUUAAGAAGGAUUGUCCUCCAGGACUACCUGAUGUUCUUCUAUACAUAGAGCAAACUGUUUGCAGUUGUGCUUCCCUUGGAUUUGUUGGGACAGCAGGGUCAACUAUUGCAGACAUUAUAGAGUCGAUGAGGAAGUUUGGUGCAUGUUCUAGCUAG